AUGAACAAGAUAAUUGGGCAGCUCGCAAAGCAGCAGCCGAAAUUCUUCAGAGUCAGUUAUUCGACCGAGUACAAGACUUUUAUCACGAAUCAUAUACUGGCCGACCCAUGGCACCCAGUCCACGAAACGCAGAAGAGAAGAUUCAAAGAGCGACCCAGGGAAGGUCUUUGGUGGCACGUGACUACUGCUGCUGAUCUAAGUAAAUCAAGCUGCGUGCGAUCCUGGUCCCGGCGGCGUCUACGAAAUGCGAUUGUCGAGGAACUACGAGCGCGAGGGUUCGAUGAAAAUGGCAAAGCCAUAAUCUCCAAAAAAUUUAACAGCGGCAACACCGCGUUGAGGAGCACAUUUCCCAGUAGUCCGGCCAUCCAAGGAAGUCUGAGGCUGCAUGCGCAACCGCCACUCAUCCCCGCCAAGUUCACCGAAGUCAAGGCUGAGGUUGGAAGGACAGUCGACAUCAUCCUGGCGGCCUCCAUGCCCACAAGCAAUCGUCCAACAUCUUACCAAAAGCCUAUUCAAACGCCACCUCGAAAGCCGUUUCAGAAGGGCCAGCAGAAAAGACCACAAGCCUCACGGGCCUGA